AUGGGGGAAGAGAAAGAAGAUCCACAGAAACUGAAGCGAUUAGCGGCGGAUUCAUACGAUUACGAUAACGACUCACGAUGGCCCGAUUAUUGGGCCAACGUUCUUAUCCCUCCGCAUAUGUCUUCUCGCUCCGACGUCGUUUCGCACUUCAAACGCAAAUUCUAUCAACGCUAUGUUGAUUCUGAUCUUGUGGUAGAACCGAUGUCUUUUGGCAGUUCAUCUCAGCCAUCACGGCCGACACCUACCCCCUCAUCAUCAUCAGCACCACCCCGGUCAAAUGAUCAAGCUCGUGCAAGAAGCACAGGAUCAACUAAUAGAACUUCUGGGACAUCUGCAACUGCGGGUUCUAAUCCACCUCCUCUGCGUUGGGAUCGACAAACAAUUCUAUUCUCUGUUAAUGCUUGGGUGUUUGUUGUGGCUUUCCUUGCAGCUGUUCCAGUGAUACCUAAGCAUCUUUCUCAUAGGGCUUAUCGUCUUUCUUUUAUGGGCACUACAUGUUCUUCUCUAUACUCAUUGUACUCACAAUAUGGGAAACCUAGAGCGUGGAAUAUGCAAGCCUUGCAAGUUUACUUUCAAUCAAUAAUUGCUUCAAAGGAUUUUAUAUACUUUGUGUACUGCCUUACAUUUGUUACAUCGCAUCUUUGCCUUAAAUUUGCUUUGAUCCCUAUCUUAUGUUGGUCAUUUGAACACGUUGCCAAGUUCCUUAGACGUAAUUUCAGCCGCUCUACCUUGUACAGGAAGUACUUGGAAGAGCCUUGUGUUUGGGUGGAGUCAAACAAUACUACUCUCAAUAUACUAACAUCACAUGCUGAGAUUGGACUUGGUUUCCUACUCAUCAUUUCGUUGUUCUCGUGGCAACGCAACAUAAUACAAACAUUCAUGUACUGGCAGCUUUUGAAGCUCAUGUAUCAUGUUCCUGUUACUGCUGCAUACCAUCAGAGUGUUUGGGCUAAAAUCGGGAGGACGAUCAAUCCACUCGUCGACCGUCAUGCACCGUUCUUGAAGACUCCUCUAUCUGCAGUUCAAAGAUGGUGGCUAAGGUAG